AUGGAACAUUUUGAAAAUUAUACAUAUGGACGACAUGUUAUGAUACAGUCGGAUCAUAAACCCCUAGAAAUCAUUGUACGUAAAAACCUGCAUAAUGCACCCAAGCGUCUGCAGAGAAUGCUAUUCAGAUUGCAGAAAUUUGACUACAGCAUUGAGUACAAAAAGGGCACAGAGAUGUAUUUUGCUGACACCUUAAGUAGGGCCUAUCUUAUCACUGACUCUGAUUCAUUUGAGGAGAACAUGCAUGACAUACACAGUAUCAACCACCGCACCUACUUAGCAAUAUCUGAUGAACGAUAUUCACAGAUAAAGGAAGCUACAGAAAAGGAUGAAUCUCUACAGUUGCUGAAGAAGAUAAUACUUGACGGAUGGCCUGACUCUUCGAAAGAAGUCCACCCUGAUAUACAAGUGUAUUUUCCGUUUAGAGAGGAGUUAGUCGUUCAAAACGGUGUCAUCUACAAGGCCGAGCGAGUUGUCGUUCCUAGAUCUAUCACACAUAGUAUAGUACAGCGUAUACAUAACUCUCAUAUUGGUAUCCAAGGAUGUAUCCGUCGUGCCCAGGACUAUGUCUACUGGCCAAAUAUGUCGAAGGACAUUGAAUCGUACAUUGGUCAAUGUGCUGCAUGUAAUACUUACCAGGAUGAUCAACAGAAGGAGCCUAUGAUCAGCCAUGAGAUUCCUAUUCGUCCUUGGCAAACAAUAGGAUGUGAUCUGUUUGAAUGUGAAAGCAAAGAUUACCUCAUACUCGCAGAUUACUAUUCAGAUUACUUUGAGGUGGAGAGACUUCAUAGUAAAACAGGAAGUUCAAUCAUUCGCAUGAUGAAAUCACAGUUUGCACGUCAUGGAAUCCCAGAUAGAGUAAUAUAG